AUGUGCAUCACGACAAGCGCGUAUAUGGACUGCGCACCCCGCCUCGGAGCACCGGCCAAUCCUAUCGCGCAUUUUAAUGCUGCAGAGCAUUGUUGCAUUAACAUAAAACAAGAAAGCAUGCGCGAGCGCGUCUAUAUUUUUGCUACCGUCGUCGUGACGGCCGGUAUUGUGCGCGCGAUACAGAUCUCCCGACGCAUGCGCACGCCGCCUGGAUAUUUAGAAGCUGUCUCU